CUCACUAUCUGGCAAGGGGACAAGGACGAGACGGCCAAGAGAUGGAAGGGCAGCCAGCCGCCAUGGCUUCGGCGCUCGGCGGCGCGGGCUGUCCGAACCCGGCGACCCCACCAGCCCUGGAGAAAAUCACCUCAGAAAACUCCCCGGAGCCGGAUUCCUACACGGUGCCGGGGAUUUUACACUUCAUCCAGCAUGAAUGGACACGGUUUGAGAUGGAAAAGGCGCGAUGGGAAGCGGAAAAAGCCGAACUGCAAGCACGUGUAGCCUUUCUACAAGGAGAGAGGAAAGGUCAGGAGAAUCUGAAGAAGGAUCUGGUCCGGAGAAUUAAGAUGCUGGAAUAUGCCUUAAAGCAGGAAAGGACAAAAUACCACAAGCUGAAGUACGGAACGGAACCGGUUCAAGGUGACUCAAAGACAGAUACAGCAGAUUCUGUUAUAAAUAAUGGCCCCGAUACAUCAACUGUGGAACAGAAUAGUCCAUUAUCUUGGAAAGAAGGGCGGCAGCUGCUGAGGCAAUAUUUGCAAGAAGUGGGUUAUACUGACACUAUCUUGGAUGUGCGGACAAAACGGGUCCGAUCCAUGUUGGGCCAUUCCAGCCCAGAGCACAAUGGAGCAGCAGAGUCCAACAGUUUGGGACAGAUCCUAAAUGGAGGAGAUUCACCAUUAGUUAAGCAAAUAGAAGAACAGAUCAAAAGAAAUGCAGGCAGUGAAUCUCGAGAUAGCCUACGAAAAUCAGUACUGGAGAAGAUGCCUUUCCUCCAGAAUGUGGAUGAUGAUAGUGAUGAGGAUGAUGACGAAUUGGACAGUGUUCAUUCAGAACUCUCAGUCACACAGAGGCUAAGCAAGAAACAAAGGAUAGGCACCGAGAUAACAGCUGCUGAUCCUGCCAUGGACUGUGAAACAGUGGAUGCUUUGAGUGAAUUUCACUUCCUGGAGACUGGAGAGGAAGAGGAAAGGGGUGAAGAUUCCAGAAGUUUGAGGGAUGACAAAGAGCUAGGAAAUCACCGCUCUAAGCUUCAAGAUGUGCUGACUAAUUUUACAGACAUUGACGGCUUGCCUUCUAUCCCAGCUGGAAUGAUCGGUCAACCUAAGGCAAGCGAAGGUGUCCCUCUUGUAUUUCCCCCACAUGCUAACAAGCCAUUUAUACUGGGGACGGAUAAUGCUGGAGAUGGCGAUAUGAGCCUUGGUGAGCUGGCAGACCUGACGGUCACUAAUGACAAUGAUAUUUCUGACUGCAAAGAUGCCUUCAGGAAAACCUGGAAUCCGAAGUAUACGUUGCGGAGCCAUUUUGAUGGGAUCCGCGCGUUGGCGUUUCACCCAGUGGAGCCUGUGCUCAUUACCGCUUCUGAGGAUCGUACUCUGAAGCUGUGGAACCUGCAGAAAACAGUUCCUGCCAAAAAGAGUACUGCGUUGGAUGUGGAACCAAUUUAUACGUUCAGGGGACACGUAGAUCCAGUGUUAUCAUUAGCGGUUAGUUCAAAAGGGGACCAGUGCUUCAGUGGAGGACUUGAUGGCACAAUUUGCUGCUGGAAUAUUCCAAGCUUGAACAUUGAUCCAUAUGACACUUAUGAUGAGAGCAUUCUGUCCAGAACACUAAAUGGUCACACAGAUACGGUUUGGGGACUUGCAUUUAAUAUCCCAAAGAACCGCCUCAUUUCUUGUUCAGCAGAUGGAACUGUUAGGUUGUGGGACGCAACCGCAAAUCCAGCAUGUGUUAGUACGUACACCAGAGAGAAGGAAAAUGGCAUUCCUACCUCUGUUGCCUUUGUGAGUGAUUCUGAUCAUGCUGUAGCUUCCUUCACGAACGGCGAUGUGGUCAUAUAUGACCUGCAGGCAUUGCAGCCAGUAAUGACCCUGGAUUCUAAAACAUCUGACAGUGCUGCUAAUCAGAUUAACCGAGUUGUCAGCCACCCCAAGCUGCCAGUAACUAUUACUGCGCAUGACGACAGGUGUAUUCGGUUCUUUGACAACAAGACAGGAAAAAUGAUCCAUUCAAUGGUUGCCCACUUGGAUGCAGUCACCUCUCUUGCUGUUGACCCUAAUGGAGUUUUCCUGAUGUCAGGGAGUCAUGACUGUUCAAUACGGCUCUGGAACCUGGACAACAAGACCUGCGUUCAAGAGAUCACAGCACACCGAAAGAAGUAUGAUGAGGCAAUCCAUGAUGUCACCUUUCACCCGAGCAAAGCCUACAUUGCCAGUGCAGGAGCAGAUGCCCUUGCCAAAGUAUUCGUAUGACGCAAUAUCACCUCUCCGGUCUCAUUUCUGUGAGCAGACUGGUAUCUGCUCUUCUAUAAGGGUUGAUCCCACAUUUCUCCCGGAACGGUUGCCUUUGAAUCAGUGAAUGAAGAUAACUUGCCCUCCAGCCAUGAAGUUCAGGAUCCUGAGUUUGCAGUGCUGGGUUGUUCCCCCUCCACAUAUUUCGUAGCAAAGCUCUAUCGGGGCCUGUCUUCACUGAACUCUACACAAUAUGUAUAUGUUUUAAACUUUAAAAGAAAAUUGCUUUGGUAAAUUUUGUAUAGGUACCCGAUCGUGGGCUGUGUGGAAGAAGUAAAAGAAGUAGCAGAGUGUAGGUCAAACCGUAUAAAGGGGCGACAGCAGUUUUUGUGCUGGCAUAAGUUAUUUUUUAAUGUUGGACUACUUUUCUAAUGCAGCCUGCCACCGGUGUGAUUAAGUUUUCGUUCCCUGGCCAGUUAUCCAUCUUGUAACAAUUAAGCAUUGACUUGCUGGAAUAUAGCAGCAGACACAUGUCACAGAGAUACAGGUUCAUCACUCUUUGUCCUAUCCCUUCCCCAAUAGGGAGUAUUAUGAGGGACAUACACACAGAUGGACCAAGGAUCUCCAACUUGGGCUCAAAAGAAUAUGAAUGUAGUAACACACAGUUAGGGGGGGCUUGUAAGUUGCCUCUCAUUUCAUAAUCUGAGGAUCACUUAGCCUGACGGUGUUGAAUGUACUCUAUUAACAAAGGGUAGCUUUUAUAAACUAAUGCACCUAUCUGUCAUCCUCUGGGCAAUUUAAUUUAAAGUAAUUUUGAGAGAAACCAUUUUCCAGGCCCUCCACCAGCAUUUUUUUUGAGUGCUUCCUUUUGAGAAUGGAAAACCCAUGCUUUUCCAAUGUUUCUUCAUUACUUCAACUGCUGACAGGAGAGGACAGCCUGAUUGCUGCAAUCUUUACUUUAAUCUGACGAGCACUCAACAAAGCAGUUUAACCGUGACUUCUCCCUCUGACUUUUAAUCUUUCACACUUUCAUUGGCUACUGAUUUGCAGUGAUUGGACAUGUUAAUAUCAGAUAACUGAGCACAGACAGGGAAUCAACCCUGGGGGGGGGCUUUCCUGGCUUGUAAUACUUCAUGGCAUCAGGAUAAACAUUGUUGUGAACUGGGUAGGGAAAGUCACAUAUCUGCCUUUAGAGAAAUUGUGUUGGUACAGUUUGGGAAUGCUUUUGUUUUAAGUUUAAAAAACAUCUGGUUAAAAUGAUGGUAGGUGAUCAGGAGAAUCCUGCACAAAUUCUCUACCCCUUUAGUGCUUUUUGUUCUAUGAGAAAAGAAUUGCUAGAGUUUAAAAUAGUUAAUGAAAGGAAUGGUACUUGGAAAUCUGCAAUUGCAGAUCCUGGUGAACUAAUCCUUUGCCACUCCUUGAGAGCUCAGCAUAUUAUAUCAUUGUUCUCAUCCUGUUAUUCAGUAGUACACUGAGUGGUGGUUAGUGAGGGUUGCUGCAAUGGCUUUGAGAGUAUUAAGACGGAAGUAAUGCAAAACUCUGGGCAUUUACCCCAAAAUGUUGCUGCAAUGCAUUGAGUAAUUAACUGUGUCAAAAUAUAUUUGCUUUCUCCUUGGAUUUAUCAGUUUGCCACUUCUGCUAAAUAUGAUGGUUUAAAACAAAGUAUUUCUUAUCGUAACAAGGACGAAUGCUCCCUUGGCUAAGUUGGUUGGUAAAUUUAUUGGCGGCACGAUGGCACAGUGGUUAGCACUGCUGCCUCACAGCACCAGGGACCCGGGUUUUAUUCCAGCCUCGGGCAACUGUCUGUAUGGAGUUUGCACAUUCUUCCUCCGUGUCUGAGUGGGUUUCCUCCCACAAUCCAAAGAUGUGCAGGGGAAGGUGAAUUGGACUGUUAAAUUGCCCAUAGUGUUCAGGGAUGUAUAGGUUAGUGCAUGAGUCAGGGGUAAAUUAAAGGAAUGGGUCUGGGUGGGAUUCUUUUCAGAGGGUAGGUAUGGACUUGUUGGGCCAAAAGAUCUGUGUCCACACAGGGAUUCUAAUGCAUUGAUUUUGAAUGAAAUGGUGCUGAGCCACUCUAAAGAACUUGAAAAGCAAAAGAAAAACAAUUUGGCUGUCCAACUUGCUGUAUCCAGGGGUCGCACAUGGUUCUUUCGUCAUGGGAUCCAUCGGCCUGCAGAGUCACCACUCUCCCAAAUCCAGUCCAUCAAUCGCCGAUACCAUGGUAAAGGAGGAAAUGAAGUAGCAUGCUAAUAUUUCUAUAUUGCUCACCUACCGCUCCCUUCAAACGUAUCGCUUGACUGCAAAUAGACCAGCUUUUGUGGGCAUCUGUUUCUUGAGUCCAGACAAUCCCAGUGUUGGGCUCUGUUUUGUGGUGAGGUGGUUGCUCUCAGAUAAGUCAAUACAGUUAGACCCCAAUCCCCUCCCCAAACUAUGGAAGGGAACGUCAGUAUUGUAUGCUGUCCUGAUCACUAUAACCUGGUCUUGAAGCUGCUUGAGUGACUUCAGGAUUGGUAUUAAUUCUGAUGCUGUUCCGUAGUGAAAUAACCUGUUAACACUCACUAUCCAGACUUACCCUUGGGGAAAGUGCUGGUCAGCUGCUAGUGAAACUCAUACCUCAACGUGCGAGUAUCGCCUUCAGCAGAGGAGGAAAAAGGGAUGAUAAUUUUUUUCUUUGAACUUCACUAGGUAAACAAUGGUAACACCCCAUCUUCUGAAUCUGGUGUCGAUUAUUUACCAGGACACCCAGGCUACAGUAAACUUUUAAUUCUGCAAAGUACUUUCAAAUUAUGAAAUGGUAAUCCAUUUAAUUAGUCAGUACAAAGAUGUUUUCUAAAUGAAACUAUAGCCAAUAAUGUUUCAAAGUGAAUACAUCCUGGCAUGUAAAUACACGGAGGCCAGUAGCACUAAGAGGCAUCCUGUUAUAGAUAUUUUAAAUGCUGCUUGCUUUCCACAGCAUUACUGAUAUAGAUUUUUUUUGCAUUUGUUAUCGAUUAUUACUAUUUAAAACAAAAUAUUUUUGGGGCUUCCUCAACAUCUCAGUAAGUCACAAUACUGUACUGAUCCUAUUCAAUCCCAAUAAAUAGAGAGUUGGGUGAUUCUCAUCAGCUAGGACAGGAAUUGACGUGCUGCAGUUGAGCUUGGCAAUCGAGACCUUAAAAGCUAUCAGACAAAAUUUCUGCAACUUACUGCUAUCUUGUUGAGGAGGUUAGGGGUCACUGGAAAGCUAUGAGCAUUGGAUUAAUGCAGAUCAGCCGUGAAUGUGAUGCUUACCAUGGUUAAUCAGCUCAGCAGUGCUUCCUCUUCACUUGCUAAUUUGAUCAUUCUUGAUUAAAAUAUAUUGUGCUGCUUCAAGAUACUUUCUCUGCUAGAUCAGCAAUGGCUCCCUCCUGUGGUUUAAGUGGGAAAAUGCAGUUGUGUGGUUUGGCGAACCAAACAGAUAUGAGAGAUGGGGAAAUUCGGACAGGUUUCCUGUUCAGAAACAGGUAGUGGACAGAACACUUGUACAAUCUUCAGCUGACGAUUCUAUCUGUAAUGUGUACCUCUCCCCUUACCUACACAUCACAAUAAAAUGGCCUUUCUGUACUCGGUAUCAGAGAAACAGAAUGGCUUCCUGUAAUCACAUGGCAUUAUCUUUCAAGAAGAGAAUUGGAGGGUAGUGAGUACUGGUGAGCUGUGAAGAAUUAGACUGGUUUUAUUCUAUUGUGAACUGAGCAUAAUAUUUAAGUUGUUACAUAAAUGUGAACAAAAUGCCUCCAAGUGAUAUUGACCUUUGUUUAUUUCAGAACUAACAUUUUCUUCAUGUGGCAUUUAACACAUAUAACCGAGCAAACGUAGCAAUCUAGGAAGCAAAAACUUACAUAACAAAUACAAUUCAAACAAAGACUUUGACAUUGAUUUUAUAUAUAAUAUAUAUAAUAUAUAUUUUCAGUUCAUUUAUAUUGUAAGUGGUAUAACUGUUCUAUGGCAUUCAGAAUGACAUUCUAUUCAGUGGGACUGUCCAACGCUUCUGUGUUCAUGAGCUGUACAGGUACAGCUCUUGGAACCUUAGGACCACUUGAGAAGCUUAAAUUCUUUUUCUCACCUUUCUGAAGCUGCUGCAGUUGGCAGUCUAACGUUCUGAUUUGGGUUUUGUCCCUCAGUGAAGGGACAGCUCCACGAAUGGACCUUUUUCCAAAUCCUCUGGGCUGUCAAAAUUAUAAAUGUGGUAGAUGUGAAAUAUGGGUACAAAUAAGGUUGGAUUGCCUGGUCUCAUGAAUCAUGCUUUGGACAUCCCUGCUGUAUAGUAUGCACUUCCAGUCAGAGACCUUCUGACUUAAGUCCCUUUGCUCUUUGGAAUCUUAUACCUGUUGUCAAACUCCGGUCGACCAGAUUCCUGAAUGUACACUCCCUGGCAGUUUUUGCAAAUGUUUAAUGGCAGGCAACAUGCUGACAGGCCAGCUCAGUCUCUGCACUGGGAACAAAAUGCUACUUUGAGCAAUCUCAAGAGCAGGGGCUUUCUACAAGCGUGUACUUGUAAUGAUCACACUGCAGAGGGUUAUUUUGAAAGAAAAAUCAUUUGGAAUUUUGACACUGUCAAUUUGUCUUGCAGCAUUUGGUUAGCUUUUGUAAGCAGCCAGGAUCAUUUGACACCAGAAUCUUUGAUAACAGGAAUUUCUUGCUUGCAGGCAGGAAAUUCAAGAUGGCAUUGGGAUUUUGAUGAGGGAAUGAAACAUUGAUCAUUUAAAUCCAGGUUUAAGAUUUCAGUUUAUAGUUUUAAUCCUGAUUGUUUAGGUUUACUUCUUUGAGAUCUUGUCACCAGUUUCCCUCUUGAUGUUGUGUUAGAUGGACACCAAUGUGAUAAUGAAACAGCCAAGUCAAAGAAAACUACAUAUAAUUAUUUGAGGAUGGAAUUUAAUUGGUAACUACCUUGAAGACGUUUUCAGAAUUUAUUGCCCCUUUUUAAAAAAUCAGAAGUUGUUAGCAUUCUUCAAGACAUACCUGGUAGGAGAUGAGUCCUCCAAGUUCAGACUAUUCAUUUUAUUUUCUGUCUUGGGGGGAAGGAAGAAGAGACCCGAGAGGCGCAGGAGCAUUCUUUUAAACUUAAUACCCUAAUUCUUCCCUUUUGAAAGGUCUUUUUAAUCUUACACCAACACCAUCAAAAAAAGGUAUGUGCCAUUCCCCCAAAACCGCCACCUUAUUAUUAAAAAAAUCACAUUUCAAAGUCAGUAUGAGCUUUGCACUUGGUUCUUUAGUGUUUUCUUUUGCCAGGCUCCAAUGCAGAAACCUGCAGGACUAGCCUUUCUAUUGUCCUCUCUCCAAAUUUCUCUUUGUAAAGUAUGCAGCCUCUACCAAGCUAAGGAAUUGGCCCAUUUUUUUUUCUGGCUCAGUGUCAUGUGCUCACUUUACUGUGUUUCUAAUAUUCCAAUGUACAGACAACAAUGGAACACUUGCCUGCAGUUAAUUGUUUAGAGUCAUGGACGCUUCCAGCACAGGUAAAGACCCUCCGUGUCUGUGCUGGUCAAAAACAAACACCGAACUAUUCAAACCCCAUUUUCUAACACUUGGCCCAUAGUCUUGUAUGCCUUCACAUCCCAAGUCCCCACCUCAAUGCUGCUUAAAUGUUCUGAGAGUUUCUGCCUCUAUCACCUUUACAGGCAGUGAGUUCCAGACUUCCAUCAUCUGCUGAGUGGAAAAAGCUUUCCUCACCACCUCUCUAAACCUCCUGACUCUUACUUUAAGUCUUUUGUCUCCUAGUCAUUGAUCCCUCCACGUCUAUCCUAACAGUUGUAUGCAUUUAAUCAUGUCCCCUCUCCACCUCCAGUUUAUAGCAUAAAGAAACUUUAAAGCUGCCUUUAUUGGUAAGAAAGGUUGUGCUGCUGAAAAUGAAUUAAUCCGUAUAUAUUGCUUUUUUUUUUAAAAGUAAAUGGUGGGCAACCUGAAUAUGGUGGAAAAGAUUUUAUCCACAGAUUGUUAUUGGUUGCUAGCUGUCCAUUGUGCUGCUGUCAAAAACUUGCUGAUGCAAAUAACUUCUACUUGGAGUCCUUUUUUGUACAGACCCCCACAUAUUAGACCCAGGUUGAAAAUGGCUAGUGGAUGAUUUGUCGAAGUCUUUACCAAUGUUAAAUUGUCAAACAUAAAAUCUUACAAAGUUACAUUUGUUACAUUAUUUGCCUGUUGGUACUGUUCCACCUAUUUUUUUUAAGUUGGGAGAUGUCUGUUUCUUACUUUGACCAAGGUAAGGGCUUUUUUUCAUUAGUUGGAGCAAUUUAAACCCUUCCCCACUCAAACAAAAAGUCUGAAAUUUCAACUCCAGCACCAUUGAACUUGGGAAGGAAGUUUACUACUUAAAGCAUCCUUUAUUGUAAUGCUUACAGGCUGGUUGUUCGACACAUUGUUUGCAGGAAUUGUUGCCUCCUGGGUCUCCAUUUGGUAGGCGGCUGGCUUGUUAACAAUCUCUCUCCAAAUGAUUCUGUCCCUUCCCCUAGUCCCCAUAAAACCCAAUAUUGCUAGAGCCCUACGUUACUGCCCAAAAAUAGCAAACUAAUUCUAAAACAUCCUGGUUUGAAAAAAUGCCGUAUGCAAUUUUUAAAAAUGGGAAUAACAAAUCAAUGCAAGACUUUGGAAAAUGAGAGACUGGGGUCUUGUUUGCUGGUGCUGAGUGUGUGACAGGGUUGAACUCUCAAAUCAUUUUAUUAAAAAAGUACUUUUUCUUCCUCUACAAAUAUAUUGCAAAGGAACUGUAUAUUGUGUAAAAUUUUAAAUAUGUGAUAUUUUGUACAUCUCACUAUCUCAAAUAGUUGUGUAUUUAUCAAAGACUACUGUAACUCUUUUUUUUAUGGCACUUGUUUUCCAUGUCUAUUUAUUUUACUUUGUCUUAAAUAAUCAGUGAUGUUCUGUACG